GAAAUGUAGUCCCGUGCGCCCAAUGCAGCUGCCUUUGCCGCCAGCCCCUGGCUUCUUCAGUGACUCUGGAGUCUCUUAUGGCUUCCUUUCCGUCCCUCAGCUCCGACUCUAGAGACUGCACGUUCUCUGGGAAGGCCCCACAGGAAGGAGGAAGGCAAUGGCUGUUGGGCCUCUGCCAUUGGGAGCUCAGGAGUCACUGACAUUGAGAAAUAUGUCUGUGGACUUGACUUGGGAGGAGUCGAUGCAGCUAGAUUCUGCACAGAAUUACUCUGUGUGGCAGAGUGAUGCUAGAGAGCUCUAGCAACCUGGUCUCCCUGGGUGAGCACCCCCACCUUCAGCCUUCUGCCAUAUGGAAUUCACAGGGCAUCAACCUUCCAAACCAAAUGUGAUCUCUGAGCUGGAACAAGAACUGACCCUGAGAAAAGGAGAAUUCCCAGGUUGCAUCUCUCUGGGCCUGGCAUGUUGUCUUUGAACAUCCUGUGUUUCUGGGAAGAUCUCCUACGCUGGUUUGUAAAAAUUUGUAGGCCGGGAGACAAGACUUGAAACCAGAGUCAACUCCAAAGUCCACCAUUACUGAAAUUUUGCCCAAUGGGGUCAUAAUGGACAGGGAAGAUCUCUGGCAUUCAGCUUUGGGGGCUGUCUGGGAUCCUACUUGUUGGUUAGAGGGGCAACACGAAAGAUAUCUGUGCCAAGUGACAGUGGCCCAAAAGGAAUUUAAUAAUGAGAAGAGUGUGUGCAGAGGUAAUAAAACUGAAAAAUGUUCCGUUGAGCGUUCGAUGCUUAAUGUACCACAAAGCAUUCCUGUGAAAAUAAGACCUCGUAAUUGGGAUUCAUAUGGAAAAGAUUCUAAACACAAUUCUGAGUUAAUAAAAACUUCAAGAAUGUUUGUACAAAAGAAAAUAUAUGAAUGUGAUGAGUGUGGGAAACCCUUCAGCCAGAGUUCAUCCCUGCUUAAGCACCAGAGGAUUCACACUGGGGAGAAACCUUAUACAUGCAACGUAUGUGACAAGCAUUUUAUUGAACGCUCCUCCCUCACUGUACAUCAAAGAACUCACACAGGAGAAAAACCCUACAAAUGUAAUGAGUGUGGGAAAGCCUUUAGUCAGAGUAUGAACCUUACUGUUCAUCAAAGAACUCAUACCGGAGAGAAACCUUAUCAAUGCAAAGAGUGUGGGAAAGCAUUCCGUAAGAAUUCAUCCCUUAUUCAACAUGAAAGGAUUCAUACUGGAGAGAAGCCCUACAAAUGUAAUGAUUGUGGAAAAGCUUUUACACAAAGCAUGAAUCUUACAGUGCACCAGAGAACUCAUACUGGAGAAAAACCCUAUGAAUGCAACCAAUGUGGAAAGGCCUUCAGUCAAAGCAUGCAUCUUAUUGUUCAUCAGAGAAGUCACACUGGUGAAAAGCCCUAUGAAUGCAGUGAAUGUGGGAAAGCCUUUAGUAAAAGUUCAACUCUCACUCUACAUCAGCGAAAUCACACUGGAGAAAAACCCUACAAAUGUAACAAAUGUGGUAAGUCCUUUAGUCAAAGUACAUACCUUAUAGAACAUCAGAGACUUCACUCUGGAGUCAAACCUUUUGAAUGUAACCAGUGUGGAAAAGCUUUCAGUAAAAAUUCUUCCCUUACUCAGCAUCGCAGAAUUCACACUGGUGAGAAACCUUAUGAGUGUAUAACCUGUGGAAAGCAUUUCACUGGAAGAUCAUCCCUAACUGUACAUCAGGUUAUACACACUGGAGAAAAGCCCUAUGAGUGCACUGAAUGUGGAAAGGCCUUCAGCCAAAGUGCCUAUCUUAUUGAACAUCAAAGAAUUCAUACUGGUGAAAAGCCCUAUGAAUGUGAUCAGUGUGGGAAAGCUUUCAUUAAGAAUUCAUCCCUUAUAGUCCACCAGAGGAUACAUACAGGAGAGAAACCCUAUCAGUGUAAUGAAUGUGGAAAAUCUUUCAGUAGGAGUACAAACCUUACAAGACAUCAGAGGACUCAUACGUGAGAAAAGUUUUCACCAACUCCUUCAUUUUGAUUGAUCUUUUGAUACUAAUCAGAUGUCACAUUGAUAUAGAUACUUUGUAAAUAUAACUAAUGUGGUAACCUUUUAGUUGAAGUACAAUAUAGCAUACCAGGUAAUAAAACCAUAGUGAGUAACCAUAUGAAAGUGAUGAACACUUGAUUCAGAUCUGAGUGAACUUCAGAUUUGUGUAGCUCAGAUGUAAAUGAUGAAGACAUAGGCUAAAGAUAAGCUCUGUGUGUCACACUGGGAAAUCAUCACAGAGUUCACACUGAAUGGAUCAUGUGCUAGUGAUUAACUGGACAGCCAAAAAUCUGGUUGAACCCAGUUCUAACCUCCCAUUUGCUUGAACAAGUCACAGUCUCUUUAUCUGGUAAUGAGAGAUCUGGCAUAUAGAAGGUUUAUAGGAGCUGUAUUAACCAAAAUGCCCAACACGAAAAUGCAGGGAAUUUUUUGGUAAUUGCUGUUGUAUUUGCUAUGGAGUAUUUUGGGGUGUUUUAGGUUAAAGUUUUCUACCUCUGACUCUUAUUGUCCUUCGAUCCCUAAAUUUCUAACUCUCUUAAAAUGUAGGCUAGUGGCUUCUAGGUGGCAGAUAAAUUGUGCAUAUUUUAAUGCCAUAGCAUGCUGUUUUGAAUUCUCAGCUAAUAGUCAUUAAACUGCUGAUAAAUAAAUGUACUAUAUUUAGAUGACAAUGUGACUUAAAUAUUGUCUCUAAUUCCCUAGGAAUCAAAUACAUAUCAUUGUGUCUUAUUGGACAGACAUGGAAAUGCAGAUGAAUUAAAUACAGAUGAAUUGAACAUUAACUGUGCUGGACAGUUUUAUGUCAACUUGACACAAAUUAAAGUCUUCUAAGAGAAGGAAAUCUCAAUUAAGAAAAUGCCUCCAUAAGACUGGGCUGUAGGCAUGCCUGUAGGGCAUUUUCUUAAUGAGUGAUUGAUGUGGGAGGAUCCAGCCAUUGUGGUUGGUGCCAUCCCUAGGCUGAUGGUCUUGAGUUCUAUAAGAAAGCAGGUAGAACAAGCAGCACUCCUCCAUGGCCUCUUCAUGAGCUCCUGCCUCCAGGUUCCUGCCUUGUUUAGUUCCUGUCAUGACUUUCUUUGGUGAUGUACAGUAAUAUGGACAUGUAAGCCAAAUAAACCUUUUCCUUCA